AUGAGUCUCCAACUCCCCUCCCUCGCCGUUAGGCCUAGGGGAGGUGUUUCCCACUCCACGAAAGCUGUCAUUCUGGUCGGCGGACCUUCUCGUGGAACUCGAUUCCGGCCCUUGUCUAUGGAACUGCCAAAGCCACUCUUCCCAGUCGCCGGCCACCCUAUAAUCGAACACUGCUUCCGAGCGAUCGCAAAGGUCCCAGAGAUUAAAGAAGUCUUCAUAGUCGGCUACUAUGAUGAGUCGGUCUUCCAGCCUUUUAUUCACUCGAUCUCUACGACCUUCCCCCAGCUGAGCGUGAAAUACCUGCGAGAAUAUCAAGCACUAGGCACCGCCGGUGGCCUCUACCACUUCCGAGACGUCAUAUUGAAGGGCAAGCCGGACAGGUUCUUUGUUUUGAACGCAGAUGUGUGCUGCUCAUUUCCCCUGAACGAGAUGCUCAAGCUUUAUGACGACAAGGACGCGGAAGCUGUCAUGCUGGGUACCAGGGUUACCAACGAGUCGGCCACCAACUUCGGUUGCAUUGUGUCUGAUGCUCACACGAAACGAGUCCUGCACUACGUGGAAAAGCCCGAGUCUCACAUUUCAAACCUCAUCAACUGCGGAGUCUACCUCUUCUCGACAGAAACCAUCUUCCCGGCUAUUCGCAGUGCGAUUAAGCGGCGCACUGAGCGCCCGCGGAUUCUCAACUAUCCAUCCUCGGAGAAUCUACAGUCUUCCUUCUUCCAGGGGGACGAUGAAGAUGAGGACAAGGAGAACGCUGUGAUCCGCCUAGAGCAGGACGUUCUUGCCGACAUUGCAGACAGCAGGCAGUUUUUCGUGUUGGAGACGAAGGACUUCUGGCGCCAGAUCAAGACGGCGGGUUCUGCGGUUCCGGCCAAUGCGCUUUACCUGUUGAAGGCUUUCCAGUCCGGAGCUGAGGAGCUUGCUGCUCCAUCUGCCAAUAUCAUCCCGCCCGUCUACAUUCACCCUUCUGCGCACGUCGACCCGACAGCAAAACUUGGUCCCAAUGUCUCGAUUGGUCCUCGCGCAGUCAUUGGUGCUGGUGUCCGUAUCAAGGAGUCCAUUGUUCUGGACGACGCUGAGGUCAAGCACGACGCCUGUGUGCUGUAUACCAUUGUUGGGUGGAGCAGCAAGAUUGGUGCGUGGGCUCGUGUUGAGGGAACACCUACUCCGAUCACCAGCCAUAGCACCAGCAUCAUCAAGAACGGACACAAGGUGCAGAGCAUCACUAUCCUUGGAAAGGAGUGUGCUGUUGGGGAUGAGGUUCGGGUGCAGAACUGCGUCUGCUUGCCGUAUAAGGAGUUGAAGAGGGAUGUCGCCAAUGAAGUCAUUAUGUGA